UGCUCUUUUUUUCUCCCCCUUUCCCACUCUAUGUUCUGCCUUCCUACUUUCACUUAGAUUGCUGUCUAUAGCUUCUUUCAUUGCCAUUCCAAGCCAAGCCUGCAGCUACCUAGAAAGCAACCUUUUUCCCUUGAUGUUCAAUGCCAACCUAGGAAAAAAACCACCCCAAACAACCAAACAUCGUACUUCCUUCUUGAAAUGGGCUCCCUACUACUUUCUGCAACUCUGACACUACUAUUCUUGGCAUCUGCCGCGACCCUUUCAACUACGAGAGCUCGAGCUCAAGCCAUACAAUCGUCUCGUCUCCUCGAUCUCGUCAUCAGGGACUACACGUUUCGAUCCUACAACCACAGGGCGUUCAAAACGGGGAAAUUGCACCCGAUUCAUUUGCCGGCGAAUCUCACGGGAAUCGACGUUGAUUCGGUCAGGUUCCGGUGCGGGAGUCUAGGAAGAUACGGCGCGAGGAUUAAGGAAUUCCGAAUCUCUGUCGGGGUGACGUUCCAACGUUGCGUGGAGAGGCUUCUCAUUGUUAGACAGAAUCUUGGAUCUAAUUGGUCCAAUAUAUACUACGAUAACUACGAGAUGUCGGGGUAUCAGCUCAUUUCACCCGUUCUUGGUCUGCUGGCGUAUAACGCCGCCGGAGACGACAUCAGCAUCGGUGCCGGUACCCCGUUCGAGGUCGGGAUUCAGACCGGCGGGAAUCCGAUCACGAUUGAUUUCAGCAACACGACGAGGAUAGUGAACUCCACUUCGUCUCCGGGAAUGAUUCCCUUGUGUGCUAGCUUCGGCCGCGACGGCAAGGUAACACUGUCAAACAUGGCGUCCCGGCACGUUUGUGUGACGAGAAAACAGGGGCAUUUCGGGCUGGUGGUCGAGUCGCCAUUGAUGCCAUUAAGGAAGAAGGAGAGCCGGUGGAAGAUCGUGAUUGGGAGCGCGAUUGGGGCGGCAUUGGGGGCGUUUCUUAUCGGUCUGCUUCUCGUCGCCAUUUUUGUGAAGGUGAAGAACAAGCAGGCAAGAAUGGAGGACAUGGUUAGGAGAGCUUAUGAAGAAGAAGCUUUGCAGGUUUCCAUGGUUGGGCAUGUCAGAGCUCCCACUGCACCUGCUACAAGAACUGUUCCCACAAUUGAGCAUGAGUAUACCUCUCCCCAUCAUCAUCAUCCUUCAUGAAUUUCUUUAAUCUUUUUCUUUUAGAUAUAUAAAAUUUUGUGUACCAUUCUUUUGUAUGAUUAAUUAUUAGUGAUUAAGAGUUAUUCAUAGAAAUGGGAGUUUAAGGAAGGAAAAUUGCACAGCUCAGAAAGAUGAUUGAAUUGAAGAACCGUUUGAACA